UCAGUCGAUGCGCAAACGUGGUGUGGUGCGUGUCGAAGCCUGGAGACUCUCACGCGAUUUUCUCCUAUACAACUAAUAAAUACGUGGGUCGGUAGACGCGAAAUGAUUUGCUUUUGCCGGUCGAGAUCAUUUCUUUUCACGUUUCGCGUACACCUAACGAUUUACUUUCGGAAAUUAUACGAAUCGUAGCAAAAAAAAAAAGAACUCUAUAGCAAAAUCCUGUGAUAUAAUUUAAAAGUGAACUGAUAAAAUAGUUUUAGUGAUCGAUACAUGUGAUUUUGAUGUUUAUUUGAGUCGAGAUGAGUCUGAAAAGGAAAAGGAACAUGAAAAGGCUACGUCAGAAUGUGAGAAGAUGUUAUUGCCAAGGUCACUGCCCGGAUAACCAAACGAAUGGGACUUGCGAAAUAAAGCAGGGUGGAAUGUGUUUUACUGCCGUGGAAAUCGAACAAGAUGAAACUACAGGGAAUUACGAGGCGGAAUUUACGUACGGAUGUCUUCCCGAUGAGGAAGGCGGUCUUAUGCAGUGUAAAGGUUCUUUAGUACCUCACCGUCAAAUGAAAGUAAUCGAAUGCUGUAACGGAUCCGAUAAUUGCAACAAAGAUUUAAUCCCAAAAUACGAAUUACCAAGCACGACGCAAGAACCCAGUUUUUUCAACACCCCCGAAAGUAUACCGUUAAUGGUACUUUUCACCUCGAUAACCGCCUGUAUAAUAUUCCUUUUGGCCGUAAUAGCCUGUUUAUACAUCCAUUUCCGACGGAAGGAAUUAAAAAGAGGCAGCCCUUAUUAUUUGAAAAAAUCCCCCGAUCAAUACCCCAUUGAUAUCCACGUAAACGACACUUUCGCUAACAUUUUGGAUCCAUCCAGCGGUUCCGGUUCGGGUCUUCCCAUGCUCGUGCAACGAACGAUAUCGAAACAAAUCCAUUUGGUACAUACGAUCGGAAGAGGGAGGUAUGGUGAAGUUUGGUUGGCGAGGUGGAGGGACCAAAAAGUCGCCGUUAAAGUGUUUUUUACAACUGAAGAACACUCUUGGUUUCGAGAAACCGAAAUUUAUCAAACGGUUUUGAUGCGACACGAAAAUAUUUUAGGAUUUAUAGCUGCCGAUAUAAAAGGAACCGGUUCUUGGACGCAAAUGUGGUUAAUCACGGAUUAUCACGAAUACGGCUCGUUAUAUGAUUAUUUACAAAAUCAUGUUUUGGAUACGAAUUCUUUAUUGAUAAUGGCUCAAACCGUCGUUUCCGGUUUAACUCACCUUCACACUGAGAUUUUCAGUACUCGAGGUAAACCGGCGAUAGCGCAUCGAGAUAUUAAAUCGAAAAAUAUUCUCGUUAAGAAAAACGGGGAGUGCGUUAUAGCCGAUUUUGGAUUGGCUGUAAAAUAUUGUAGCGAUACGAAUUUAAUCGAUGUGCCGGUUAAGAAUGAACGAAGUGGUACAAAGAGGUACAUGGCGCCGGAAAUACUCGACGGUACAAUUAAUCCUGCGAAUUUCGAUGCCCAUAAAAUGGCGGAUAUUUACUCUUUGGGCUUGGUCCUUUGGGAAAUGCUAAAAAGAACCGCAACCGGUGAUAAAUUAUCGUCGGCGGAAGAUUAUUGUCUUCCUUAUUACGACUGCGUGCCGAACGAUCCCAGUUUUGAAGAGAUGCAACAAGUGGUGUGCGUGAAAAAAGUUCGACCGGAAAUAUCGACGCGAUGGUCAAAAGACGAUGUAUUAUCAUCGGUUUCGCGCGUGAUGCAAGAGUGUUGGCACGCGAAUCCCCUCGUAAGGCUGACGGCGUUACGUGUUAAAAAGACUUUGGCCAAACUUGAAGUGGAUCCAAAUGUAAAAAUUGUUUAAAAAACACUUUAAUUUUAUUAUUAUUAAUUUUUUUUGUUGUUAUUGUCUUCCUCUUUUUUUUUAAAGAAGUUAUAUAUUGUUAAGGAGUUGUAGUUCGGACAGAAAAAAAGAGUGGGGGGGAAAUUAUAGUUUUUUUCCCCCCGUUGUGUUGUAUAUAUUAGAGCUAUUAAGGACUAUUAAUUAAUGUUAUUUAAAUCAAAAGAUAAAAUUUGAGCCCAGAAAUAAAUAAUAAAAUAAGUUUUUUUUUGUAAAUAGGACGACUGUCAGCUAUAACUUCCAUCUUAACUUUUAACUCAAAAAUAAAAAAAAUAGAAUAUCAUUAAGUGCCA